CGAAGCAAUUGGUGCGACAGCUGACCUGCCUGCCUGCCCGACUGCCUGCCUCUCUGCCUGGGCCUGGCUCGAACUCAUUGGAUUUAGGUUCGCUCGGGGCAAAUUCUCGAGCGGAAUGUUCGAAGACGAGACAACGAGAUGAUGGCCUGCGUGGUCGGGUCUGCUCUGCUCUGCUCUGGUCCGGUCCGGGCUACCGCUGGCCGGAGUCGGGUCGGGUUCUGGGGUCUGGUUGAGUCUGGUUGAGUCUGGUUGAGGCGCAGCUAGGAGAGGAGAUCGUCCGAGAUCUUAAGGUCACGUAGCUCUCGAUGACAACGAGCUCUCGUCGUCGAAGGAGGGGGAGAACGAAUUAUGAGCCUUGAGUCUCUUGGUCCUGUGCCUCGGUGUUCUGUUUUUCUUCGUGUUGGUUCAGAGUGCAUCUCUUGCGCAGAGCGUUGCUUUUCGCCGUCCGCUUCCAGGAGUUCUGAUGAACUAUUUCUUUCGCGGUUCUCUAUCUCACCCUCCAUUGGUGGGUGUCGUUCCUCUGUAGUUCCGUAUCUGUGUCGACGGUCGGCUGCAGACCAGAGUGUGGUGGUGAUUUUGCGAGGACUUCUCAGCGAUUGUCGGACGCAAGGUAUGGAGAUUCAUUGCAGGCUGUAGCUGGACGGGCGAGAAUUUUAUCGGAACACUCGUCUGUCAGAAGCGUUCUCAAAGGCCGAACGUACUUCGCGUUGAGGGCGAACAGGUCUCGAAUUCAAGCUGCGGUUUAGUCUCGCGUCGGCCUCUUUCUCAUUCACGAAACCAGAGGGCAUCAAGAGAUUUUGAAGAGUUUGUCCCGAUGAUCCUGGACACAUGUACUCUGCUUGUGCGAAUUUAUCAGAGCAGCAUCUUGAUUUUGUAGCUACCUUUUGAUGGUCCGUCACGCGUGUGGAGCAUCAAUCAGUCUCAGUGCUUCUUUUCACCGCUCAACUUUUCUUUGCGACGCAUCAACGACUGCUGUUGACCUGGUCAGAGCUGGCGUAUAGUACUUCAGAACCUUUCUCUUAUGACUGGUUUCGCUGCACGCCCGCAAUGCGAGAGAUUGUUACGGUCCGGGUGGUGCACCAUGGACAAUGCACGGUUAACUGCCUGGAUUACGUGAGUAGAGUAGCUGACAGAUGGUUCAGGACUGGAGAAUGGUGGAUUUGAUCACAAGAUUUAAGGGCAUAUGCACCGGUGCCGAGAUGAUCUUUCAGCCAUCAUCCAUGAACACAGUGUCAUUUCUCGUCGUUAAAAAGGAUGGGUUGUAGUGGGGACGUUUCAGAAUUUGUUGGAGAAUCUGGAUAAUUUACAUGAAGAGAAGGUAAGCUAAUGCAAAGCGAGAUGCCUGAGUUGCAUAAGCUGGACAGUUUCUUCUUACAUUCCUGUGACUUCUCUAGUCUAUUGGGCUGUCUUCCCCCUGAGCCCAUUUUCUCCUUCGCUUACAUUCCCGGAUAAUCAAAGUUCUUGAAGUUGCUGUUGUAGAACCUUUUCGUGCUUUCUUAGUUCCCCUGAGCAGAGCCACCGCUAGUCAGGAAAUGGGUGCUCUUUGUUCAAAAUCUCUCUCAGCGGUCGAAGAAGACUCCGAUGAAGAAGGAUCGAGGAACUCAAAGCCUGAAAUGAAGGUAGAUGAGCGGUAUGAACCUGCGACGACCGUCAAAUCUGGGGAAGCUGUAAACCCUCCUAGCGGACAGAUUACUUCUCGAGGUGAUAAGGAGGGGAAGCUGGGGAGACUUCUUUCGGAUAAAUCUCGGAAUGCCAAGACAAAGACUUCCACAGCAGCAAAAAAGACUGGUCAAAAGGCUACGCCUGAUCUUUCGAGCCUUGGGGGUAUUGCAGCUCUGUUACAGGUAUCAGAAGUGGGGUCUCGCAUCGGAAGGGCUGGUACUGCGGGUUUUGGAAAAGCGGUGGAAGCUCUUGAUACAUUUGGGAGCAGCAUCACAAAUCUUGGCGGUGGCUUUUCGGUAGUGAUCAAUCAAGGCAAGGCAAACAAGAUCGGGAUUUUGUCAUUCGAAGUGGCCAACACGAUAGUGAAGGGCUCAAACUUGAAGCACUCUUUGUCAGAACAUGAAUUGAGAUUCUUGCGGGAGGAAAUUCUGGUCUCGCAAUGCGUUCAACGGUUGGUGUCACAAGAUGUUCAAGAACUCAUGCGAAUUGCGGCAGCUGAUAAGAGGGAAGAGUUAAGGAUUUUUGCUGGAGAAGUCGUCAGAUUUGGAAAUCACUGUCAAGAUCCUCAAUGGCAUCGACUUGAUCGAAUUUUCUCGAAGUUGGGCACCGAGGAACUGAACAUACCUCCUCAAAGUAAAGAAGAAGCCGAUGCAGAGAUGGUCAGUUUGAUGAGUCUUGCACAAUGUACAGCAGAACUAUACCAUGAGUUACAUGCGCUGGAUAGGUUUGAGCUUGACCUUCGUCGUAAGAUACAAGAAGAGGAGGUGUUUAGUGGGCCUCAUAAAGGAGAGAGCAUCACUAUUCUGAGGAAUGAGUUGCGACAACAACAGAAACAUGUGAAGCACUUGAAGAGAAGGUCUUUGUGGUCUAAAAAACUAGAAGAGGUGAUGGAGGACCUGGUCGAUAUUGUAUAUUACCUACAUCAAGAAAUCUAUAAUGCUUUUGGAAGUGCGGUGCCUAUCUCGAACAGAUUUGAAAAAUCUGUUUUAUCAGAAUCUCCGCGACCAAGGCUUGGAGCAGCAGGGCUUGCAUUGCAUUAUGCAAACAUAAUCAACCAGAUUGAUAGCCUGGUUUCAAGGCCAAAUUGUGUACCACCUAAUACACGAGAUUCGCUCUAUCAAGGCUUGCCACCGAGGAUCAAAGCCUCUUUACGUAGUCGAUUGCAACAAGCCUCUUACAAAGAAGAAAUGAGCGCUGGCGAAAUUAGAGGAGAGAUGGAAAAGACCUUGGAUUGGCUGGUCAUUGUUGCUGCAAACACGACAAAAGCCCAUCAUGGAUUUGGAUGGGUUGGCGAAUGGGCUAACACUGGAUCAUCAGGGGACCGUCGGCUUCCUGGUCAUGCAGACCUGACCCUGUUACAAACACUUCACCAUGCUGAUCAAGAUGCUGUGGAGGAGUACAUAUUGGAGCUUAUUGUGGGCCUUCAUUAUCUUGUCAGUCGAUCGCGCAGUGCAAUGAACGGCCGUUCGCCGAACAAGUCACCCUUGAGAUUUCAUACAGAUGCAAACUGUGCUCGUCGUCCCACUUCCCUAAACCCUUUGCAACUUCCCCCUUCACCUCCUCAGGAGCCUCAGUCACAAGCGUCGCCAAAAGAUUCUUGCACGGAUGACGACAGGCCGAAAAGUCCCCUCAGUCCUCUCAGCCCUCUCAGUCCACUGAGUCCCCACAGUAAACUGGAGCUCUCUCAAGAAGACAAAGAGAUGCUCAAGGAGAUGGAAAUUCUUCCCAAACUUAGAAAACACACACUGGGUUUAAGUAAGAGCCAGGAAUUCAGCUCGAACAAGGGCAAGAAUGAAGCUAACGGAAGGCUGAGUAAAAGUAAUUCUCAUUCACCCAGCACCAGCUCUACCAUGAUCCUGCCGCCAUUAUACAUUCCUGUCCGCAGUCGAUUCCCUGUCCCACAUUUUCCCUUAGAGAUUGAUAUUGAUAAAGAGCUUGAUAUUGAUAGGUUACAUGACUUAGACAACAUAGAAAGGGCCAACCCUAAUAUAAGCUCCAGCACUUAUCGAACACCGCAAUGCGUGUGAUGCUGCUGUUGAUCCUUUCUUGUGCUUAAUCAUCAUGAAGGAUAUACUCAUGAAUAUUUGUUUCGUGGAACGGUGCUGACUUGUUACCUCAUCUAACUGCUCUAAGAGUAGGUCAUACUUGAAACUGCGAUCUGUCCCGUUCUUGCUCCCGUCGCUGGAUUACAGGAAUUAGUUUUGGAGGAAGACGUACAUGUUGGGAUAUUUCCGUGCUCUCAAUCAUUGACCUCUGGUGGAGUAUACUUGCCGUGAUGUCAGCUGGUUAACUCUACGCUCUGUAUUGUUUUUCCGUUUAUCACUGGAAAGCCUCUUGGAAAGUGACUAACGAAUCUACUGAACAGCAUAGCUAUGUGAUUCGUAUGGUUCUGUAUAUUGCAAGGAGAAACCUGCCCUGUCCUUUUUGAGGUGUGGGAUGCCAAGCGGACAUUUGUAAAAUUUAUAGUCAGCUUCGAUCAUCACUUAUAUGAUGUCCAUUGUAAUUUUAACUAAGCGGAUGUUGCCAGACCAUGCUCCUCGGGACGACUUGUUCUUCUGGUGCAAUCUGCGGUUUGAUGUAUAUGCGAGUACUCUCAUCAUCUGCUGUUCGACCUUGUUUGGUAUCGUAAAUUGCUGUCACUGGCCAGGGAUCUUGUUUCUCACUUACAGACUUCUCCUUUUAAAAAGUAGGGGAUUUAAGCUGCAGUAUUCAAUCUGUCGAAGAGUUUCGUAGACACCACUUU